AUGGCUACUCUCACUAAAACACUCACGACCUCUCGAACCCGUAGUUAUUCUCUUUCUCUCGUCUCUGCCAAGCCAAGCCCACUGCUCAACUUACCAGCAGAGCUUGUGCUCGAUAUCCUCGAAUCAGUUCUUUCAGGAAUUAGGCCCAGCGCGCUAUCGACGAUUUCUAAAGUAAUCAGUCGUUUUGUGGACAUCAUUCUUUAUCGCACCGUCGUGCUUCAUUCCAAAGAAUCUCUCAUUUUUUUUCACCGGACUACACUCUCCCGAUCGCCAGCUUUCUUCGCGUCUCACGUGAAGAAAAUGGUGGUAUCAUACAAGCCACAGAAUGCUGUCAACUACCAUCGUGCACAGCGGGCUAUCGCUGUUUGUGGAGGCGUAAGGUCGCUGGUCCUGUCCAUGUGGUUUGGCGCAGAUUGUCUGGCAUCUGUGAUGGAAGGACGAACGGACGGUGGCGUCUCUGAGAUAAUCCUCCAAUCUCCUGAUGGCAUUGAAGCUCCUGUUCAUUGUCCUCAAAAAGACUUGCAACUUCCUGAUACCCUCAGUGACUCCAUUUCACAUCUGCGUAUCUGCGAACCUGGAGAAGGGUGGACAUCUCCGGAAGAUACACUACUCCCCUUUGGUUCUCUUCGAAAUCUCACUCACCUCCAGCUUUCCCGUCGAACCAAUUCCAACACAGAUAACGACCUGAAAUUCCAAAUUCAGGUUCGUAAUAUCUUGCAGACACACCCGACUUUAUGUGCUCUGGCAGUGGUGAUAUACCCGCAAAUGUGGGCUUCAGAUGAUGAAGAUGUUUGCGAGAGUGAUAUCUGGGCUAUGAUGCGUGAAGUUGCAGCUCAGGAUGUAAGGCUCAUUUUGGUUCAAGGCAAGAAUGAUGACUGGGGAAAGCAAUGGAGAAACUCUAGGUCGGAUGUGGGGCGUAAAUUUUGGGCAGACUUUUCGAAAUGA